AUGAACUCGACACCAGCGUCCAAUCCCUUUUCCGCCUUCUCCGCUCCCCCGCCCCAGCCAAUCUUCACUCCGCCCAAAGAAGAUGUCCAACCUGGCUCAACUUCAACGAAUCCAAUCGAUAUCGGUUCCACUCGCGUAUUCUUCCCUCCAGUCUUUUUCCCCCCUCCAGCGCGCAAUAACGCCAGUGGUGGCAACUCCAGUGGCACAGACUCUGACGACGACGACCAGUGCCGCGUCUUUUCCUUCCACCCUUCGAGCAGAGGUCCCCCAUCAACCUUCCGCAUCCAACUCCCUUCCGCCCAGUUCCCUUCGACUUCCUGUGCCACUCCAUCUGCCGCAAGGAAUGACCCUAUCUCUCUCGGUAUCGUCCCUCCCACCCACCGCCUGCGCAAGUCAGGACUCUUUGUCGAUCGCAAACUAGACGACACCACCACUAGAGAGCUUCCCCCCGCCAAGAAACCAAGAUUCCAACAUGACGUCCUCCUAGAGAGUGGGGCUAUCAGUCUCUCCGCCCCUAUCGAGGCUGUUCACCCAUCCGAUCUUGAAUCUGACGACGCAGAUGAUGUAGACGAAGAUAUCGUCCGUCCGGAUGCCCUCGAUGACGAUGAUUACCUUCACGAUCUCGAGGACGAGGCUUCGCUCGACGGUGGCUACGAGUGGCAGGGGUACGAUCCCGAAGACGACGAUACAGACGAACAGUCCGACUACUUCGCUUCUGAGGACUAUCGCAGUAACCCCUAUGACGCGGACUGCGAGGACUGGGACGAGACCGACCAGUUCGUAGUCCUAAAACACGAAGAUAUCCUCGCCAACAACGCCUAUACGAAAACUUUCAGUGCUUCGGUCGUACGUCGGAAGUCCGAUCUUGAUGUUCAUUCCAUCCUCCGCGAGAAAGCCCCUCGCUAUUUCGUCAAGAUCGUCAAGGGCCGGUACUGGUUGAAUAAGGAGUUCAAAGCCUACAUGCGGAUUGAUCAAGGCCCUGAUCACGUCAUGCAAGGCGAUGUUUCCAUCGACCCUUUCAUACACAAACUCGAUGCCUUUCUUGAUUAUGACCUGGUUCCGCGGACCGAAAGUCAGCGCGUUUACAUCUCGUCUCUCCUUCAGGGAGAUUUGUUCAGUGCUAGUCCGCAGGCCAUCGCCAUCAACAGGAAGCAUUGGCUCGCUCAAGUGACCGCAGGCAUCCACUACCUCCACACAAUCGGCAUCAUCCACCGCGACAUUAAGCUCGAAAACGUUUUACUGGACUACCAAAACAACGCUCUCAUCACCGACUUUGACCACGCCUACACUCAUCCCUCUACCGCCCCUCUCGACUACGGCACCAACUACUGCUACCAUCGCUCAGGGACGCAUGGAAACAUGGCGCCCGAAAUCACCAAAAUGGACGCAGACGUGGUCAACCGCCUCCUCAAGGUCGACCCAUUCGAGCAAGACCCGGCGAAUGGCCUGUAUGGCCCUGCAUGCGACUGGUACAGUUUCGGCGUUAUGACGUUCCAACUGGCGUCAGAAGAAGCUAGAAAGGAUAUAGAGAGAGCCAUGAGAAACUAUAGAGAAUACCGGAAGAACUGCGGGACUGAAGUUGGUGCUCCUGCGAUUUUUGGUUUCUUUUGUGAGCAGUAUGGGGUGGAUGGUGAUAUGGCUGAGAUGCUAUGGGAGUUGUUACAUCCCGAGCCUGCUUCCAGGUUCAGAUUCGAAGAUCUCUUCUCACAUAGCUACUUCAAGGGCGAAAAUCUAGACGAGGAAGGAAAUCCAGUUUCUGUCUUUGUGACUCUCAGUGAUGACUCCCGCGAUAGACCUUUCGUCCGACCUGACUAUAAAAAGUCCACCAAAAUCACUGUCGAUCUGAACACUUGCACAACUUGGGAUGGCGCAGGUUCUGUCUGGGUCGCAGACCAUUCUCCCAUUUGGGAUAUCCUCAGUGGCCGUGCUCAUUAA